CACCACAACUUUGAGAAUUGGGACACCACGAUCCGACAUUUUCUAGGGAUGGAAGGUCUUGAUGUGUUCCUCGAUACCGACAUCCCGGAGCCUGACAGGAACAACCGGCGACUUUGGCAGACCUGGGACCUCGGCCGGUCUGUGGCCAAGUACGCUCUUUGCUUGACUCUCGAGCAACCCCAUAUCCGCGAGAGACUUCUAAGGCACGGCUGGGACUCGGAAAAUUGGAACCCAAAGUACCAUUACGACCUCGUCUGGUCACUCUGGGGA